UUUCUAGUCAAAAGCAACCAGCAAAAGAAGAAAUCUCUCAAAUCUAAAAGAAAGAUUUUAUUUCAUUAUAGGAAAUUCAACAAUCUCCAUUAAUCACGAUCCUCGAUUUAACGAAAAUGAAGAUCCAUGUUCGUGCUCCUCUCCUCACUCUAGCGAUUUUCUUCAGUUUCAUUGAAUUAAGUUCACAGUACAAUAAAACACUUCUUAAGGAUGCCGUACUGACUGUUGCAGACGACAUGGGUCUCUUUUACACUAUAACCAAUGGAUUAGAUGUACUAGUAAGUGAUAAGCACAAUCAAAAUAUUCACGGGCUAAUAGACAAGAAGAAUAAUAGACUGGUUUGUGCAUUAGAAAGAUAUGGGGACGAUUAUUGGGUGCGUAAAUUAAUGGUAGGCCAAACACAAGUUAAGUCCAGUGCGUCCACUACUUUUCAGUGGACUAACGCAGACACAAAAUUAUAUCAACUCAAAUUUGACAAAGUGCUUCAGUAAAAGAAUAUUUGACAUUUCUGACUGCACAUAAUUUUUUAUGUCGACACCCGCCUUCGCUCAAGGAAAACCCAAUAUUUCUUUUUUCCCACUAUUAGUUUCUGGCUUUAGCAUCAUUUAAUAGUAGUAAAAAAGGAUAUAGUGAUUUAUUAGUCACGCGGAUUACUGGUUACUCGGAAAGAAUUUCGGCACGUAAGCAGCGCCGCCUACUGUACAGCAGAUGUUCGUAGGUUUGACAAAUUUGUUACACCGAUUUUGGCGCGGCGGACGCCCCACACUAGUUCUACCAAAUGGAGCUCUGCUUGACGCAUGCGCAGUAGUGCACUGAACCAUCUUUGGGAGCACUCAGCUAAACGGCACAGCAAGUAAGCCAAACGAAUGACCAAAGUCGCCCCAACUAUUAGAACAACUGGUGUGCUAGGCGGUACCUACAACUGCUGUCGAGGAAUUCUUUCCGUGCCAAACUCAUUUAAAAUCAAGCAAUAAAACGUAAGUUCUUUAAAAAAAAAUCUAUAGAUUAAACCUUAUUCCAAAAUGAUUAUAAAAAGGUGGAAAUUUGCUUCAGAAAUCCAUUCCACACAACG